GGCAGCUCACAGCAGUGAAGCGAACUUUGCUUUUGUUUUAUGGCUACGAGCUGCUGGUGCGUUGACGCCCAGUCAUCGCUUUGUUUGCUUGGGUCUGCAGUCGCUUCUGCUCAUCUGACGUUAGCCGGGGGGGCGCAGAGAAACUUGGAUUUUUAUUUUUCUCCAAGCUUUUCCCUUCUUACCAGAGAUGUCUAGGUACCACAAAGCAGCGAUUGAUGGAUACGUGGAACUCUUGAAGGAGGCCACGGUGAAAGACCUGAACACGCCAGAUGAGGAUGGCAUGACUCCCACCAUACUGGCUGCUUUUCAUGGACAUAUCAGUGCUCUUCAGCUCAUAUGCAGCAGAAAAGGAGAUCCCAACAGGAGUGACAUCUGGGGAAACACACCCCUGCACCAUGCAGCAGGUAACGGCCACAUGCACAUCCUCAGCUUCCUGGUCAACUUCGGCGCCAACCUUUUUGCUCUGGACAAUGAAUUCCACACGCCAAUGGAUGUUGCCGCUUCACGCGACCACAUGGAGUGUGUGCGCUUCCUCGACGCUGCUGCUGCAAAGCAGACCAACCAAAAUCCGAAAAAGGUCGCCAAUCUGAAGAAAGAGGCAGAAAAAGAGGCAGAGAAACGCGUGAAACUCUGUGAGAAGGUGAAGAAAAAACACAAAAGCAAAAUGGAUAGAAUGCAGCGUGGAAGCAACUCCGGCUCCUUUUCAGAUGCAGGAACGGCAUCGUCACUGUCAAACGAUGGCACCAUCACGGGCGUCAACGAACACUUCUCCAAGCUCAUCACUGACGAUAAAGUUGGCUCUAUUAAAGGCACACUCCUGAAGAAGUUUGGGAAGAAGGACAAAGGCACGCUGCAGAGGUCAGAAGGAAGUGGGAACGUUAUCUUCCUCAAACCAGAGAGCGGAUCUGAGAACCCAGACUUUGUGGACGUCUUCAACGAGCAGGAAGAGAACAUGCUAGAAGAAAUGGACAGCUUCGGAGAUGACGACGACGAUGGAGGCCAAGUGAAACAAUCCAUCUUCAAUCGGCCCGGCCUUGGAGGUCUGAUGUUCAGGAAGAAGAUGGGGCUAGACUCUGACGACAUCCCCAGCAGUGCCAAUGAAAGCCUUGGUUACCUCGUUCAAAGCGAGACGUUUGAGGCAGAUGAAGACACCUCGGGUAUGAUGACGGGCGACAAUGCACUGCCGUGGGAACAGGAAGAUCUGGGACUGGAUGAUGAUGAAGAUGAGGAAACCUCUCCUUUGGAUGUGUUCCUGUCCUCUAUCUCCUUGCCAGAUUUUACGCCCGCAUUCAACAGAGAGCACCUUGACUUGGAGGCACUCAUGCUUUGCUCUGAUGAAGACCUCAAAGGGAUCCGCAUCCAGCUCGGACCCAGGAAGAAGAUCUUAGAAGCUGUUGCUCGCAGAAGAAAGGCGCUGGAAAAUGCAGGCGUCAUGAAGGACAGCUCCUUGUGAUCUGAAACAAAAACAGUUAUUUAUCCUCCAAAUUUAAAAUAAGCCUUUUGUCAGUUCAAUUUCUGUAUAAAACAAACAUGAUUCAGCAAACUAGUGAAAAAUUCCAACAUUUCUACAGAUUGAACUUUAUUGAUCAUAUUAUGACAAUAUGUUCCGUGUAUACCUGUUAUAUCAAGUUAAAAGUGGCAUGGCAGCAUCAACCAACAAUAUCAACAAUAUCUUAUACAUCUGGUUUUAAAACAAGAGAAGAAAAGAAUAAUUAUG